AAAAGUGUCAGAGCACAGGGGAUAGUAGCUUUGUUUCCCUAUCUAGAAGACCCAUACUCACAACAUGGAUAUGAUCAUUACUACGAUCCGGAGAGUGGUUCCGGAUACCUUGCAUGGCGAUUGAAGACCAUACAAAGAAAAACAGCAGAGGAAAGAGGUGCCUCAGUCAGCAAAUCUCCUAAAGUUGGUGGGCCAGGCCGUGAUCGUCAGCCCUUCACCUAUGACAGAGAGCCAUCUGAUGAGGAUGUGGAAGCAGCUAUUGCUGUUUUGAGACACUCUGCUGAUGAAAACACUGUCCGUGAGAAGAUGAAAAUGACCUUCAUAUAUCGGCAAGCAAUGGUCAACGAUGAAGCCAAAUCAUCAGAUGUCUUCUCGGUCUUCCCAAGAUUUCUGGACACACCAGGACUGAUAGAACAAGAUUUCAGACUUCUGUUUGGUGAGGCCACAGCCAACAAAUUCUUGGAGAAGUGGCCAACCACUUUCAAAGCAAAAGUAAUAAAGGAAAGCCAUGGACUUGUAUCCACCACAGAACUCUUGGAUUUGAUGCGCAAUGCUGAGUCAGCUGCUGAAGUUGAGAAUGGCUGGGACAGUGACAUGUCUGCCAUCUUGCUGCUGCUACAUUUGCUACCACCAUCUGCACAAGGUAGAAAGAGGCCGGGAAAGAUGUCUGCAUAUCAAGCUGUAGAUCAGCUCAUCAGAUUUCAAAAGGUUGGAACCAGUGUGCAGCAGCAUCUUGACAACAUCACCCAAAGCAGUCAGCCCUACCUUCUCGCCCAGGGAUCCACACAGAGCAGCAUUCACUCCUACUUCAUUGUGGUUGACAAGCAUGCUCUUCCAUGCAAGGCAACAGGUUCAGUAGGAGCUUUUGACGAAGUCUUUAAAGCCCAUUACGUAUUUGGUACGUCAUACAGUUCUUCCUUGAGCAGCUUUUUUCACUUUUGUGCAAACAACCAUCUAUAACAUCGACAUGGGGGAAACAAAGGAGACUCCUAGAGUUGCUGAGUUGCGAGCAAGAAUGGUGCGUUAGUUGAGAUAAAACUAUGAAGUGUUUUCUUUGCAAAAGUGACCAUGGAAGUCCAAACAACCUUGUUAAGCACCUUAAGAUAAUUCAUGGGCUAUGUACAGGCAGGACUCUUUUUCUGAAAUGUGGUCAAGAAGGAUGCUCACGUUCUUUUGGUAGCUUUUCUUAACAAGUGCCACGGAGAAAGUUUAGUAGAUUCUAUAGAAGAUGAUCUUUCAGACCCUCAAAGUACCGUCAACACCAGUAAUAUUUCUCAUGUUGAAGUGUCGACUGAAUGUUUAGAGGCUGAGUCAGAGUUAUCUUCGCCAUACAUUGUAAAUAGUUGUGCAGCUGUUAUUUCUGAUCUAAAGGCAGCAGGUGUUGGUCAAAGUACAGUAAAUACUGUAGUGAUUUCCAUGGAAGAGAUUGUUCAAGAUAUUCAUCAGCAUGCUAAAGAAACAGUGAUAAAGCAUGUAUUUAGUAAUGAAAGAGAAACAGAAAUGUGCAAGAAAGUUGAGGCGUGUUUUGAGGGGUUAGAGAAUCCUUUCACAGUUCUAAAUUCGGAAUACAAGCGAUCAAAAUUUAUGACUGCCAAGUGGGAAAUAGUAGAACCAGUUGAAUGUGUGAUUGGUUCAAGAUUUGACACAAGACGAAAUAAAAAGACUGGAACAUAUGAUCAGGUAGUAGUUCAAGAUAAAUUCAUGUAUAUUCCAAUUUUAUCUACACUGCAGUCAAUAUUUAAAAGUCAGUAUUUUGCAGAAAUGUUGCAAAGCUCAGCUACCAGCAACUCUAGACUGAGAGAUAUUUGUGAUGGAUCUUUUUUUAAAG